AUGAGAAUCUUUGCUCCUAACACUGUUGUUGCUAAGUCUCGUUUCUGGUACUUCCUUACCAAGCUUAGAAGAAUCAAGAAGGCCAAUGGUGAGAUUGUCUCUGUUAACCAAAUUCACGAGAAGAGACCCACCAAGGUUAAGAACUUCGGUAUCUGGAUUCGUUACGACUCCAGAUCUGGUACUCACAACAUGUACAAGGAGUACCGUGACUUGACCCGUGCCGAUGCUGUCGACUCUCUCUACCAAGACAUGGCUGCCCGUCACAGAUCCAGAUUCAGAUCAAUCCACAUUCUCAAGGUUGUUGAGCUUGAGAAGACCGAAGAUGUUAAGCGUCCUUACAUUAAGCAAAUUCUUACCCCCGGUCUCAAGUUCCCUCUUCCUCAUCGUGUUCAAAAGUCCUCUGCUUUGUUUGUUUCUCAGAGACCCUCUACUUUCUACUAA